UGGAAUACAGAACGACGCGUACCGAUGCAGAGCUGGGACUGAGAAGGGAACGUUUUGCCUCUAGGAUGCAAUGCGUAUAGACAAAUGAAGUAGCACGUUAUCGGACAUCAAACGGUCAACAUUAAUUUACCACAAUACGUUGCUGCGACACGUAGGCUACUGACCUUGUGAAAAACUAAUAGUAGUUCAAAAAGUCAGAUAUAUGUCAUGGGUUCCUUAAUGAGGAGUACUGUCUAACCGGUAUUUAGAUAGUCAGUUUGCUUGUCUCUUUUGAGCGUCAAGCGUUCAACAGUGCAAAGUGCUCUCAAAGGUGAAGCUCGCUGUCAAAUGAGAAUCAUCAUCAUUAUCAUCUGUAGCCUACUAAUUGAAUCAUGAUGCUGAUGCGCCGGAGUACGCUGAGGUGUUCAUUGAAGGAGUCUUACCUUAAAAAAUCCAGCACUGACUCAUUAUAACUUUUCUAAGUAUUCCUAAGGAUGUUUUCCGAGCAGGCUGACUUAAACUACAGCUUUAACAUGAGCGAAGAAGACCGGUUAACUCUUCUGGACGAGGACUGGAGCGACUCGCCGGUGGAGACGCUCUCUCGCGCGGGCUUCAUCGCCCUGUCCGUGUUCCUGGGAUUCAUAAUGACUUUCGGCUUUUUCAACAACUUUAUUGUAUUAGUUCUCUUCUGUAAGUUCAAGACGCUCCGGACGCCGGUUAACAUGCUGCUUCUGAACAUUAGCGUCAGUGACAUGCUGGUGUGUAUGUUCGGGACGACCCUGAGCUUCGCGUCCAGUGUGCGGGGACGGUGGCUGCUCGGACGGCACGGCUGCAUGUGGUACGGCUUCAUCAACUCCUGCUUCGGUAUCGUGUCUCUGAUAUCCUUGGUGGUUCUUUCUUACGACCGCUACAGCACAUUGACGGUGUACCAUAAACGUGGUCCAGACUAUCGCAAACCUCUUUUGGCAGUAGGGGGUUCCUGGCUGUACUCUUUGAUCUGGACAGUGCCCCCUCUUUUGGGCUGGAGUAGUUACGGGCUGGAGGGGGCGGGAACCAGCUGCUCUGUAUCGUGGACCCAGCGCACGGCCCAGUCUCAUGCUUACAUCAUCUGCCUGUUUAUAUUCUGCUUGGGCUUACCAGUGCUCAUCAUGGUCUAUUGCUAUGGAAGACUGCUCUAUGCUGUCAAGCAGGUAGGGAAGAUACGCAGGACAGCAGCACGAAAACGGGAAUACCAUGUUUUGUUCAUGGUUAUCACCACCGUUGUGUGUUACCUCUUGUGCUGGAUGCCGUAUGGUGUUGUGGCCAUGAUGGCUACAUUUGGCCGGCCAGGAAUCAUCUCACCCGUGGCCAGCGUGGUUCCCUCUCUCCUCGCCAAGAGCAGCACAGUCAUCAACCCGCUAAUAUACAUCCUGAUGAACAAACAGUUCUACAGGUGUUUUCGCAUCUUGUUCUGCUGUCAGAGGAGUUUGAUGCAGAAUGGUCAUUCAUCCAUGCCCUCCAAGACCACAGUCAUCAAGCUCAACCGUAGAGUCCACAGUAACACUGUUGCCUGCACUGCCCAGAUCUCCACCGGCAUCCACAACCACAACUGCAGCACUCCUGCCACAGAGAGAACCAAUCCCCCAGAGGUCACCCCUUAACCUGAGCCAUCCCAUCCCAGCAGCAUGUGGAUGAUGGUCAACCCUGCCUUGUUUUACUGAAUGUAGCCAUUCAGUCUCAUUCAACUGUUUCCGUUUUGCCUUUUUCAUGGUUCUUUAUCAACAUCUCAUUCAUUCUCUAGUGUUCCUUUUCCUAUGCUUCCUUUUACAGCUGCAUCAAUUAAUCAAAAAAACCUUGGAAAGAGUCAACACCACAUUUCAUUGCUGAUUAGUUGGUUUUUUUACUGUGCAUUAGGAAACUUAAGAGAUGUCACUGCUGUAAAAAUGUUUUUUUUUUUCUCCAUUUCACAAAAAUUUUCCUGACAGUAAAUGAUUAUAUGCUGUCCUGGAAGAGUUAGACUGUAUAUUACUGUGUAUAUUUGCUAUUGAUUUUAAGACGUACACAAGGACAUGUACACUACCAUUCAAAGAUUUGGGGUCAGUAAGUUUUGUUAAUUCUGUUAAUUAUUUGAAACUAUUUUUGCACAUGUUUAGCAUGCAUUUUUUUUUUUUUUUUUUUCCCAACUUAAAUUGCACAACUUAAUUUAGGCAAGAUGUGGAAUAUCUAUAUAUUUAAUCAAAGUAUUUGCUGCCCUGCUUUUUUCAUAUAUAUUUGUUAGCCUUUUGUCUUAAACUGUUUAAAAUGAAAUAUUUCUUCCUGUUAAUGUUUCAUUUGAACUAGUCAAGAGUAUUGUGUAUUAUAUUAUUUGAAAGGAUUGUUAUUGUUGAAACUGUCAUUUUCCCUUUGGUGACGAACUACUUUUGACUAUAUUGCACAAGGCAUUGAGCUGUAUUUCCUGUGUGUUAAAUGUCCAUCAUACAAACUCUGAAGAAAAACAAGUAGCCAUAUCACAUACUACUGAAAUAAUUUACAAUAUGUCAUGAAUUAUAUAUUAAUGCUAUUUAAGUUUAACAAUAGCCUUUUUUAAAAAAAAAAAAUAAAUUACGGUUAUUUUAUUAUUUAUUACCAAUACCAAAGAAAGAGCGCUCUUAUCUGUUCCAUCAUACCUCAUUUUUCCAUUUCUGUGAUGAGUUAUAUUGCUGUCCAGGUCACUGAUAUAUAGAAACAAUUUUAGAAUAAAAGCAGAGGUACACUGAUCCAGAACACUACAACUCUGUGAUAAUGACGAAACGAGUGUUUCAGGAACAACGCAAUAAGUAAAGAACUAUUUCCACAGGUGAAACAUUCAUCCCCAAUGACCAGACACCUUAUGCAUAAUACACAGAUAUGAACGAUUCACUUGGGAUCCAGAAUAAUGAAUUCUCAGAGGGAUUUUCAAGAAAACAAAAGGACUUCUUUAGCUUUUGAAAUGUGCUGAAUGUAUGCCUAUGGUUGAAUAGGGUCUCUAAGGACUCAUUGACACUGCUCAAACUCAUGAACAUCACUCCCAUCUCUUUAACACUGAAUGGAUUGUGUAUAAAGUGCCAAACACACCAAGAGGGACAAUGUGAGCAUUCCUGCAUUUAAAUAUCUGUCUAUUUGUAAGUACCUACAUAUGUAAUUGUCAUGACAUUACAGAAUGGAUAUUUGCCUGUCAAAUUGUUGUGCCAUCUUAUCCAAGUAUAAAUGCAGCUGAAACUAAGAAUAGAGCAUCACCAACUGAUUGCAGAAAUCUAUUAGUUACGAGAACCAUGUGUGCAAAAUUGUCUGUGAUUUUUAUAAAUAAGGGAGGCAUAAACAGCUAUUAAAAGAUUGUGAAUUGUGUUUGAAUUCUAAACCUUUU